AUGGACGCAUGUUAUCAGCUGGUUCUCCUUCUUCUAGCCCUUCUUGGGUUUCUUGCGCUUGAGAAGGCUAAGAAGAAAUCACAGAUAAAGAAACAUCGUCUACCUCCGGGUCCCCGUGGACUCCCGCUCAUAGGCAACCUCCACCAGCUCGGGAAGCAUCCCCACCGCGCACUGGCGAAGCUCUCCAAACUUCACGGCCCCGUCAUGUACCUGCAGCUUGGUCGGGUUCCGGCGGUGGUAGUCAGCUCCGCUGAGGCGGCAGAGGCGGUUCUUAAGACCCAUGACCGUGAUUCUUGCAGCAGACCGGCCCUCAUCGCGUGGAAGCAAAUCUCCUGCAACUUUUCAGACGUCGUAUUCUCACCCUACGGCGCCUCAUGGAGAGAAUUGAAGAAGAUACUCAUGGUUAAGCUUCUAUGCACCAGGAAGGUGGAAGGGUUUCGCAGGGUGAGGGAGGAGGAGGUGGAGAGGAUGACGAGUUCGAUCUUCUCUCGAAUUGCUCCUCUCGAACCGGUCAAUCUGAGCGAGCUGGUUCAGAGUCUUUCUAACAGUAUUAUCUGUAGAAUCGUCUUAUGCAGAAAACUUGAGGUUGGAGGAUCGUUGGAAAAUCGAUUCAAUCGCAUCCUCCAGGAGGCCGAGGCCUUCGCGAUAGGGUUCUUCAUUGCCGACUAUAUCCCCUGGGCAGGAUGGGUGGAUAAGCUCACCGGAAAGCAAGCUGCUUUGGAGAAGACCCAUGCAGAGAUGGAAGCCUUCUGUCAGGAGAUCUUAGGUGCCCAUGCCGAUCGAGGGAAGCCGAGAGAUGAUGAAGAAGGCAUCAUCGACUUCAUGUUGCGCCGCCAAAAGGAUAAGUCUGAUCUAACGAUGGAUAACGUCAAAGGGGUCCUCCUGGUCUGUUUUUAUAUAACCUGUCUCAGCCUUCAACUUCUCACGAUAAUUUCUUUAGUAUCUUGGCAUAUUCUCUCUAAAGAAAGCGUCAUAAGUGAUAUAACAUAGUUUAGGUGAUCGAUGAAACUUUUUGCCACCGUUUAACAUUUUUUUAGUGGUAAAGUAAUAUUGAGGUAUAAAUUCUGGAUUGAUUCAUCUCCCAGAUGGUAAGUAACUAGUUUUCGGGACUGCAGAAUAUCCUUUUCGCCGCCACAGACACAUCCGCUGCAACCCUAGAAUAUGCAAUGGCAGAGCUUGUGAGGAACCCCAGAACCAUGUCGAAGGCACAAGAAGAGGUGAGAAGCGUCGUCGGAGAAAAAGGGAAGGUUGAAGAGACGGACAUACCCCAACUCAUCUACCUCAAAUCGGUGGUGAAGGAGACGCUGAGGCUGCACCCUCCGGCUCCGAUUCUCGUUCCGCGAGAGACGACUGGGCAGAUCACCAUUAAUGACUGCGAAAUCCUCCCGAAGAUGAGGCUGAUAGUGAACGCGUGGGCGAUAGGGAGAGAUCCACACUUUUGGGAGAGGCCGGACGAGUUCCUCCCGGAGAGAUUCGUUGACAACCCCGUCGACUUCAAGGGACAGGAUUUCCAGUUCAUUCCCUUCGGCGCCGGACGGAGGAUCUGCCCUGGGACGUCCUUCGCCGUCAUGGCAGUGGAGCUCGCCCUCGCAAAUCUCCUCUAUGCUUUCAACUGGGACGUGCCAGCUGGGAUGGGAGAGGAAGGCAUCGACAUGGCCGAGGGAGUUGGCCUCGCAGUCCGCCUGAAGACCGCCCUUCGAUUAAAAGCCUCCUUAUAUACACAGUUCAAGUAG